AAACAAGUAAGAUUCCGAUGAACAAAAGGAUUUUAUUUAAGUUUUCCGUUUUCUGUACUUGUUAUCUUCUGACUUCUAUACUUACCGUGACAUUAAAAUGUAUUGAUUAUAAUAUUACAUUAAAAAUGCAAUAGUUUUAUUAUUUACACUUUAAGAUUUUUUGUACACUGCAUAUUUGCUUAAUUGUACAAAAUAUAAGUAGACCUAUAAUAUUAACAAGUAACAACUAUUGAAUUUGCCCAUAUACAAUGUCGUAUAAAAACCAAAAAUUAAAUAGCAAAAUCAUGUCGGAUGAUGAAUCUCUAUUUGAAAGUGAUUAUUUAACAUCAGUUUUAAAUAUGGUUAAUGGUUACUGUAAGAUAAAUUUAGUCGUUCCACAGACUAGUUUAUUUUAUUCGAGCGAUAGCUUAUUGCCAAUCAAUGCAAAAGUAAAUGAUAUUACACUUAAUAAUAAUAGCUAUAAAAACCAAGUGAUUAAUACACCUGAUAGCUUGACGAAUAUUUUAAAAAAUAUUGACCUAAAAGUUGAUGAAAAUAUUGAUGACAAGACAUUUCAUUCACCUAACAAAACAUAUGUUGAUGAAUUGCAAGUAUAUUCUAAACCAUCUUAUUCAGACAAUAGUAACCUUUUAGUGAAAACAGAGGAAAAUAAAAGUGAAUCUAAAGGUAAAAAAAAGAAAAAUAAGUAUAAUAGAGUUUCCCCAUCAGAUAAUCAGACUUUAGUACCUUCUACACAUAAAGAUCAGAAUUGCUCAAAUGAAUAUAUUAAUCAGUUUGAAAGUGAAGUAUUAGAUGAUGGACAUAUCAAACAAGAACAAGAACUUCGAAAAAAACAAGCGAAAAAUAUAAAAAAUAGUAAUAGUAACAAUGGUCAUCAAUCAAGAUCUCGAACAUCGCCCUCACGACAAAAUCCUGAGAAUGAAAUUACAAAUGAAAAUGUAUCACUCCAAUCUCAAUGUCCUUUAUGCUUUGUGUUGUAUCCUACGCCAGAUAUUGAGGCACAUGCAUCAGAAUGCAGCAUCUAAAUAUCAUCACAAAAUUGUAUUUAAGGGAUUAUUAUUGAAUUAAAGUUAUAUUUUUAUUUAACUGUUUAUAUUCAAUUUUUUGCAUUCCAUUACUUAAACUAAUAAAAAAUUAUGCUAUAUUUAAUUUAUUAAAUAUUUUUUGUAUACUUUUAACUGUAUAUUAUAAUAAUUAAUUAAA